GCUGACGACGACUCCUUUGAAUUGCUGCGGAGACGCUGCAGGAUUGACGGAUUCCAGGACCGUUGGCAUGUUUUCGUCGCCUUCUGAGCGAGGAACACACACGCCCACACCUAUAAGAGUGGAAAUCGCUGCUACACGAUGGACGAGGGAGAUUGGGGAGCGCUGGAAAAGGCAUGGGCCGCUAAGUUUAAACCCGUUCCGCGCCAAACACCGCUGCCAGUACUCAUAGCGGAGGCUGAUAAGGCCGUCGCAGAUGUCAUCGCGUCUCUCACGAAAGAAUACGUAGGCGUCGUUGGCACCACCGCAUCACAUUCGGCCAAUUCAAAUCCUCUUGGUGCGUUCAACGACGCAGCAUCUUCGGCGUCGGCGCUGUCGUCCUCCCUUGCACGUCAAUCCGCUCCCGAAACUGGAACGCACGGUGCUGAAGAGGAUGCGUCGCAGACGUCGAUGAUCGAUCGGAGUGGCGACGACGGCGUAGCCGACUGGCCAAAGCUCUACGGCUCUCUCUGUCUCAUUCAAGCGCCGAUGGUGCGCUGCAGCCGUCCAGCCUUUCGGCAAGUCUGCCGACGCUGGGGCACACGCAUCAGCUACACGCAUAUGCUCAUCGCCGAGAGCUUCGUCAAGUCGUCGCACGCGCGCCACGCGGAGUUCGCGUUGUACGACGGCGAAGACCGCCUUGUUGUGCAGCUCGCCGCCAAGAGCGGUCCCGUGGCGGCACAGGCGGCAGGCAUUGUGCGGCCCUUCUGUGAUGCCGUCGAUUUGAACUGCGGGUGUCCGCAACGGUGGGCCAUGAAGGAGGGCAUUGGAGCGGCGUUGCUGGAGAAGCCGGAAUUGGUGGCGGACAUGGUACGCGCCAUCCGCAACGCCACCCCGGAAGGCAACGGCGACACUCCGGCGCUGCCGUGUGUGGUGAAGAUUCGCGUCCAGGAGGAUCUUCGCCGCAGCGUCGACUUCGCGCGACAGUGCGAGGCGGCUGGGGCGGCGUGGGUGACGGUGCACGGGCGCACCCCACACUGCCACCCAAGUGCGGCGGUGCAGUUCGACGCUGUCCGGCACAUUCGCGAGUCGUUGUCGAUUCCCGUGGUGUUGAACGGAGGGGUGACGGACGUGAGUAGUGCGUUGGAGGCGGCGCUGCGUACGGGCUGUGGGGGCAUCAUGUCCGCCAAUGGGCUGCUUGACAACCCCGCUGCGUUUUAUCGCGCCCCCUCUGCCGCUGCGAUGGAGCAGGAGGUGACGUUUGGGGCAUCCUGUGUGCGGUGGGAGGAACCAACGGAGAGGGAGCAAGAACGGUGCACCUCGAUGACGGAGAACGCUUCUUCCCCAUUUACUCCCAUUCGGCCGGUGUCGUUCAUCUGGGCACCCCGUCACGCAGUACUCAGUGGAGGUGUCGCCCCUCCUCCUCCUCCCUCGCCGACGGUGUUCCGUUACACCGUCCCCGCCAUGUGGGAGGCAGUGAUAACGCCGCGCGAAGUCAUCUCCGACUUUGUGCGUUGUGCGAUUCGGACGGACUUGGCGGUGCCCACCACCGUGCAGCACGUCCUCCGCAUGGCUCGCGUGUACGUCUCCCCUGCGGAGCGGAACCACCUGGCGUUGCUGCGGUCGAACCUGUCUGUGCUGAGCUGUUUGCAGGAGAUCGGCGUCUACGUGAAGGAGGGUCACAUUGGUUGUGAAUGA